CUCUUAAUUUCAACUGUGUUUUAAACACCCUGUGUUUGUAUACUCCUUCCCUCAUGAUUACUGUUUUUGAUAUCAUAUUUUAUAUAGAAUUGUUUUGUGUACCCUUAACUGCUUAUUGCAGAUACAGAUGAUUUUACUACUUAUGUCUCUUAACCUCCCUACUAGUUUUGUGUGUGGGUGAUUAUCUACCUUUACCAUAUAUUUGCCUUUACCAGUGAGCUUUUUCCUUCUGUAAUUUUCUUGUUUUUCAUUUGGAAUCCUUCCUUCAACAUUUAUCAUAAAGUUGGUUUUGUGGUGGUAAAUUAUUUUAGCUUUUGUCUCUAAAGCUUUUGGUUUCUCCAUCAAAUCUAAAUGUGAACCUGACUGGGUAGAGUGUUCUUGGUUGUAGGCUUUUCCCUUUCAUCACUUUAAAUAUAUAGUGCAUCUCCCUCUGGCUUGCAGAGUUUCUGCCAAAAAGUCAGCUUAUGUCCUUAUGGGAGUUUCCUUGUAUGUUAUUUGUUGCUUUCCUCUUGCUGCUUUUAAUAUUCUCUCUUUAAUUUUUGUCAUUUUUGUCCUAAGACUCCAGGGCUGCUACCCACCACUGGCAGGUGAAGCCAGGCCCUGGGGUUAGUCCCAGACUACUGGCAGGAGAGCUGGUUCCUGGAGUCUGGCUGCAGGGCCAGGGAUCCCAGAGCUUGUUUCAGAUCAGUGGUGGUGGUGGGGUGAUGGUGGUUCCUAACAACAGUUGGGUAUGAGGUCCUGAAGAUUGUGUUAGCCUGCUAGAGGGCUGGGCAGGGCCCAUCUGCUCCCACGGUAGGGUCUGGACUGAUGGGGGUGGGGAGCUGUGUCCCAGCCGUUAGCCGUUUGGCAUGAGGCAUCUCUGCACUAGCACCUACAGUUUGUUGGGUGAGGCCAGGUUUUAGUGCUAAUGAGCCAAGACGUCAGCUGCCAACACAUUGUUCAUCUGUUUGAAUGUUCCCCAACAUGUCUGUCUCCAGGGUCUAUGUCCUCAUGAUGAGCUGCAGCUAGGUGUCCCCUGCACCUCCACCCUGCCUCUCCAGGACAUUCACCAGGCCCAGCAGGUGGGUCUAGCCCAGGCUCCUGUGAGAUUACUGCUCUUGCCCUGGGUCCUGGUGCAUGUGAGAUUUUGUGUGUGCCAUUUAAAAGUGAAGUCUCUAUUUCCCCUAGUCCUGUGGGGUUCCUGCAGUUAAGCCCUGCUGGCCUUCAAUUUCAAAUGCUCUGGGGGCUUGUCUUCCUGGUGCCAGACCUCUGGGCAGGGGGGGCCUGACAUGUGGCUCAAGACUCACUCCUGUGGGAGAAUCUCUGCAGUUUAAUUAAUCUCCAGUUUGUGGGUCACCCACCCAGUGGGUCAAGGGAUUUGAUUAUAUUGUGAGUCUGCCCCUCUUACCUGUCUAGCUGUGGCUUCUUCUUUAUAUCUUUAGCUAUAGAAGAUCUUUCCUGGUAGUUGCCAGUCUUUUUUAUCAAUGGUGGUUCUGCUCAUAGUUGUGAUUCUGGUGUGCUCAUGAGCAGAGGUGAGCUCAGGUCUUUGUAUACUGCCAUCUUGGCCGCUCUCCCCAAGGUCAGCAUAUUUUAACCCAGGCUCCCGUUCUGAGGCCUGUGGCACCUGUCUGGCAGCCCCCUCUACAGGCCACCUCUGUCCCCACUUCCCCUCAGGCUGAAGCAGCGCAAUGGAUACUGUUCCCUACAUGCGGCCAACACCUCUGCACACGCCGAACACAGGUCCUGUGCGCAUGCAGAAGAGAGCCGCCACCAACAAGCCAACCCAACAGAAAAAGCCCUUAGAAUGCAACCUACCUUGCUGCCACCUCCACCUUGGACUUCCCAGACCUCCAGAACUGGGUUACGGCUGGAAAGUCUUGGUUGCACUUUCUGUCACCGGUGCAGAAAGAACGUCCCCAGGAGUGGCCAGUGGCCUCUCGCCCGUGACAAGGCCACACAAACAGAGCAGUCUUCCUCCCGGGCUGGGUGGAAAGCCUGCUCCGGGACUGCUCGGCGUGCAAGGCACCACGAGGACGGGAAGGAGGCUUCUAAAUGAAUAUUCUAUGAGCCCUUAUGGUGCACAUCCCUGCAUACUCACCUGGAAGAAGUCUACAGGGACCAAAGAAAAGUCAGAUGGAGGUUCCUACUGCAUUUCUGCCUUCUCUUUCGAGCGCUGUCCCACCCCAUCUUCUCUCACUGAGAAAACAAGACCUGAGUUCAACAGCACAUCAAUGAGCCGGAUGUCUAUGGGUUACAAGACACAGGUGAAGAAGCGACACCCCACAAGACAGACGUCUGCUUACUGGAGACGCUGAGCCUCACACAGCCAGCCAAGCUCUUCCUUCAAUGAGCAUGGGCCAGUAUUUGCCUCCUAAGAUGAGUCAGACCAGGAAAUUAGCAAUGUGCCAACAAAUGCUAGUGGAGGAGGGCUGACCCUCACGUCACCACCAGUGUGGUCCCCUGGAAAGGGGGCUCCGGGCAUAACUGCCCCCACGAAGUCCGGGCUCUUGUCUUGUUCACAGCUGCUGUGGAGAUAGAUGGUGGUUGUCCAUCUGUUGGUAGCAGGUUUUUGUGCUCUAGGCGGGCAGCUGGACUGAGGGAAAGAUGGCAGACUCAGUGAUUCUGUAACAUGCAGCUUUUUGAUUCUGGGACAAAGGUGCUUAAUGAGUGUGAAUUCCUUUAUCGUUAACCUAAAAACAAGUUCCCGAAAGUGAGAUUUACUUACAGCUUCAGUGUCUUCAAGUGAAGCCUAUUUGAGCAGGUGAGAUUUUCACAAGACUAUUAUCAGAAGGCUAAAGGUUUUUGAAAGGUUCUGGUUAGAAGCUCUACCCUUUCUUUUAAAAGAAGUCCCCAGUGGUAGGAAACCACUGAGAUGAGACACACAGACCCGACCAGCCCAUGAGGUUCCUGCCAGGUGGCCUCUCCUUGUCUGGCUUGCAUUCUCCAUGACAUCUUGGCUUUUCAUUUUAUUUAGAAUGCUCAUUUUGAGAGUUGUUGUUUUAUGAUCUGUCAAGAGCUGGACAUUGUUACCUUGCCUAUGCUUUCUGUCAUCUCAGUGUUUGAGGCUUCGAUCCUGGAUGCCAGCGACAGCCCGCAAGGAGCAGCUUCUGGGGCUUUGCUUGCAGAGAGUCCCGGGGCCCUUGAGGGACUCAGCAGAUGGGACCUGAGGACGCACAUCUGAAUGGGGAUGGGGGUUUGUUUCCCCUGCCUCUUCUUAAUACCAUCCCCACUAUUUAGGAUGGGAGGAGAGUUACUGUGACAGCAGGAGACUCAGGGCCAAAAGGGAUACCACAAUCAGAUCAGAGCGGCUUAGGUGAUAUGCCCUUCCUUCCUCCUCUAAGCCAGGCCUGCUGACCCCAGAGAUGCUGCCUGGCAUCCAGGGACACUGCUUAAAAAACCCGAAACCCCAAUUAGUCUCUGCUUACAACAUAUCGUCAUCUUCACAACUGGGGAGGCCAGUGCCUGGCACACUGCAGGCAUGCAGGGGAUGCUUGUUUGCUGAAUGAAUGAAUGAAUAUCUAAAGGCCAAGCUGGAGUAAUAACACUACUAGUUAUUACUAUAGGUAGCACAGCUACUGUUAAAAAGUGAGGACUUUGCUGAACCGACCAAUAAAGUUUACCAUAAUCAUUCUGCAGUGGAAUAUCAUUAUCCUUAUUUUGUAGAUAAGGAAACUAAGGCUCAGAAAGGUUAAUCUGACAUCACAAGCUAGAAAGUUACAAAGCAGUGGUAUGAACCAAUAUUUGUGACCCAAAAGUCUAUGUUCUUUCAAACUAAUUUGAAAAGAUUUAUAUACCCCAAUGUUCAUAGCAGCACUAUUUACAAUAGCCAAGGCAUGGAAGCAACCUAAAGUCCAUCAAUGGAUAAAGAUGUGGUAUAUAAGGGAAUAUUACUCAUAAAAAAUGAAAUAAUUCCAUUUUAACAUGCAUAGACCUAGCGAUUAGCAUACUGUGUGUAGUAAGAGAUAAAUAUCAUAUGAUAUCACAUAUGUAGAAUCUUAAAAAAAUGAUACAAAUCAACUUAUUUACAAGACAGACUCCCAGACAUAGAAAACAGUUACUAAAGGGGAAGGUCAGGGGACAACCUGGGAGUUUGGGAUUAACAUACACACACUACUAUAUAUAAAAUAGAAAAACAAAGGCCUACUGUAUAGCACAGGGCUAUAUAUACUCAGUAUCUUAUAAUAACCUAUAAUGGAAAAGAAUCUGAAAAAAGAAUAUAUAUAAAAGCAGAUGCCUAGGUUGGUAACUCUGACUCAAACUGAAUCUCUCUAUAUCAAUUCUGCCAAUCCACUGUAUUUUAUAUAAACACCUGGAAUAUUGUAAGUCAACUAUGCUUCAAAAAAGGUAUGUUCCCACCCUCCCCACAUGUGGUAGCUUGUCUUCAAGGUGGCAGCCAUCACUCUUCCGCUUCCCUCAUUGCCACGGUGCUCACAUUGAGAGGACUAGUCUGUUCUUUCACCUCCUUGAAUCUGGAUCAGCUAUCCUGACUUUCCUAACUAGCAGAAUGUGCAGAAGUUGACAUGCUGGGACUUAUGAUAUUAGAUUGUGAGGGUCUUGCAGCUUCUACCUGGACCUCAUGGAACACUCACUCUGAGGGAAACCAGCCACAGAGAAAAACGUCUCAUCUUGAGAUUACCACGCUGUAUCUCCAAGCUGGCCAGGGGAAGAGGCUGCCUGUAGAGAAACAGCAGUUGCGGCCAUCCCAGGCCAGGCUCCAGAUAAAUGAAGUGAAGGAGUGAUACCAGACAUUCAAGCGCUAAGAGAUGCCACACCCAGGAUCCCAGACAGAUGGCCCCAGUGGAGGCCCCAGAUAUCAUGGAGCAGAAGUGCUCUGCUCUGCUCCGAUUCCUGACUCUCAGAAUUGUAAACAUGAUAAAAUGGAUGUUGUUUUACAGCAGUAAGUUUUGGGUGUGGUUUGCUAAAUAAACAGUAAUAGAUAACUGGAAUACCAUGCAAUGCUAAGGAAGGCUAGCUAGACCUCAUUCAGGUGGCAGGAAGAGGGGAUCAAGCUGCAAGCGGGAUGAACAGUCAUAAUUAGCAAGCCAACUCCAACAAAACAAAGUUCGUGCACCACGACCAGGUUGGAUUCACUGCAGGGUCGGUCACUUGGGAAGUUCAACAUACACAAAUUAAUCAACAUGAUACAUAUCAACAAAAGACAAAAACCACAUGGUCAUCUCAACAGAUACAGAAAGAGCAUUUGAUAAAAUUCAACAACAUUCACUUAUGAUAAAAACUCUUAUGGAAGUGGGUAUAGAGGGAACAUACCUCAACAUAAUAAAAACUAUGACAAGCCCAUGAUCAGUAUAAUAAUAGUGAAAAGCUGAAAGCCUUCCUGCUAAGAUCUGAAACAAGAAUACCCACUCUAACCUCUUCUAUUCAAGAUAGUAUUUUAAGUCCUAGCCAGAGCAAUUGGAAAAGAAAUAAAAGGUAUCAAAAUUGGUAGGGAGAAGGCAAAAUUGUCAUUAUAUGCAGAUGCAUAAUAUAUAUGCAUACUAUACAUGGAAAACCCAAGAUUCCACUCAAAACUAUUAGAACUGAUAAAUUCAGCAAGGUAGCAGGAUGUUAAGAGUAACAUACAGAAAUGGGUUGCAUUUCUUUACACUAACAAUGACAUAUCAGAAAGGAAAUAUAAACUAUCUCAAAAUUACAUCAAAAAAUAUUUAGUAAUAAACCUCACCAAAAAGGUGAAAGACUUA